CUGGGCAGGGAUGGUGGGAAGCAGUGGGCCUCAGCUCCGACGCGGCCAUGCCCGGACAGCGCUUGGGCUUCUUUCUCUCUGGUCCCUUCUCGUCAUUGCCAUCUACUUUGCUUCUAAUGCCAGCACUGACUAACCCAGAGCCCAGCCGAGAUGAGCUGCUAGUUCAAACUGCUGUGGUCUUCCACACCACUAGCCUGUGCCCACACCCUGUAUUUGCUCUGGAACGCCGUUAGAUUGUCAAGUAUUUCCUGAGUGGCCCAAGUCAUUGUAAUACUUAAGACAGAAAAAAACAACACAAAAGAUGUCUAAGCAACAACCAGCUCAAUUUAUAAAUCCAGAAACUCCUGGCUAUGUUGGAUUUGCAAACCUUCCCAAUCAAGUUCACCGAAAAUCAGUGAAAAAAGGUUUUGAGUUCACGCUGAUGGUGGUUGGUGAGUCAGGUCUAGGAAAAUCAACUCUAAUAAACAGCCUGUUCCUGACUGAUCUCUAUCCAGAAAGAAUCAUACCUGGAGCUGCAGAGAAAAUUGAAAGAACUGUCCAAAUUGAGGCUUCAACUGUGGAGAUUGAAGAACGUGGGGUUAAGCUGCGCCUGACAGUAGUGGACACACCUGGCUAUGGGGACGCCAUCAAUUGCAGGGAUUGUUUUAAGACCAUCAUCUCCUACAUCGAUGAGCAGUUUGAACGCUACCUGCACGAUGAGAGUGGCUUGAACAGGCGACACAUCAUUGAUAACAGGGUGCACUGCUGCUUCUAUUUCAUUUCACCUUUUGGACAUGGGCUGAAGCCUUUAGAUGUCGCAUUUAUGAAAGCAAUACACAAUAAGGUAAACAUCGUGCCUGUCAUUGCAAAAGCCGACACACUUACUCUGAAGGAGCGUGAACGACUGAAGAAAAGGAUUCUGGAUGAAAUUGAAGAACAUAACAUCAAAAUCUAUCACUUACCUGAUGCAGAAUCAGAUGAAGAUGAAGACUUUAAAGAGCAAACUCGGCUCCUCAAGGCCAGUAUCCCAUUUUCUGUGGUUGGAUCCAACCAGCUGAUUGAAGCCAAAGGCAAGAAGGUCAGAGGUCGCCUCUAUCCAUGGGGUGUUGUGGAGGUGGAGAAUCCUGAACAUAACGAUUUUUUGAAGCUGAGAACCAUGCUCAUCACCCACAUGCAAGAUCUACAGGAAGUGACCCAGGACCUGCACUAUGAAAAUUUCCGUUCUGAGAGGCUUAAGAGAGGCGGCAGGAAAGUGGAGAAUGAGGAUAUGAAUAAAGAUCAGAUCCUGCUGGAAAAGGAAGCUGAGCUUCGCCGCAUGCAAGAGAUGAUUGCAAGGAUGCAAGCGCAGAUGCAGAUGCAGAUGCAGGCUGGUGACGGUGACAGCGGGGCUCUUGGGCACCAUGUGUGAGUUGUGAGCAUGAACAUGUAACACUCCUGAAUAAAAAGAAUACAUUCCAGUUGAGUGUUAAGAUACAGAUUUUCAUGAGAUCCUUGGACGAGUGCCCAUUCACAUAUAUAGUACCU